AUGAUGAAUCUCCUUCGUCUUCAGUCUGAACUCCAAGAUCUUGAACAACAGCUCGAAGAUACAAGAGAUGAAGACAGAAACUCUACAAAUCCCAUACGGCGGGAAUAUGGAUCCAGUUUCCGGGUGAUGAAGCAAUACGCAGAAGAUCCAGACUCAAUUCAGUACGAGCUUCUGCUCGAAAUUGGGAAGAGGCUAGACGAAUACCGUAAGACUUCUUCAUUCCCUUGCAUGAUAUCAUCUUAA